CGGAGCCGGGGCCGCGGCCGGGAUGGGGCAGCGCGAUCGGAUGUUCAAGGUGCUGGUGGUGGGAGAUGCCACGGUGGGGAAGACGUCGCUGGUGCAGCGGUACGCCAACGACAGCUUCAACCGGCACUACAAGUCCACGGUGGGAGUGGACUUUGCUCUGAAGGUGGUGCAGUGGUCGGAGUCGGAGACAGUUCGGCUUCAGCUCUGGGACAUUGCAGGCCAGGAACGCUUCACCUCCAUGACUCGACUCUACUACAGGGAGGCAGCUGCCUGCAUCAUCAUGUUUGAUGUCACCAACGUCAGCACCUUCAGCAACAGCCAGAAGUGGAAGCAGGACUUGGACAGCAAGCUCCUGCUGCCAGAUGGCAACCCUGUGCCUUGCCUGCUGCUGGCAAACAAAUGUGACCUUUCCCCCUGGGCAGUGACAAGGGAAGAAGUGGAUCGGUUCAGCAAAGAGAAUGGCUUUUCUGGUUGGGUGGAGACAUCUGUCAAGGAAAACAAGAACAUUAAUGAGUCCAUGAGAGUCCUGAUUGAAAAGAUGAUGUCCUCAUCCACUGGGGAUGGAAGUUCCACUGCCACUGGGAGUGGGGAUUAUAUUAACAUCAAGGAGACAGCCCCACCAGGCUGGGCUUGCUGUUAGAUGCACUGACUGCACCAUCUGCCUGGGCUCCAGCACCAAUCUCUCAUGGUUUUUUUGCCCCCCUCAACUGGCUGUCACUGGUUUUGGAGUUGGUUUUCACUUUGGCCACCGCCACGAACUGUCCUCUGCUUCCUGCCCCUUUGUUCUCAGCAGAGCACUGAUUGCUCCAGUGGCUUGGGAGUGAGGAGUGGGGAGGAGGGAGCAGGCUCCUCGUUCUCCUGGUGUGGCAGCAGCUGGCAGCUCUGCCAGCAGUGCUGCAGCACAGGCCCUGGCCAAGCACAUGGCUUGGGUGAAUGACUUUGGAGCAUUUUUGAGCACUUCAUCCUCUGACAUGGAUGUCAAAGGAAUAUUUUUGAUGGCUUUUUUGCACCUUUUAUUUCCCCCCCACCAUGACUUGCACCCUCCCUACACAAAGGCACCCAAGUGUCCUUCAGGUCCAAAGUGUCCUUCAGGUCCAUGGUGACCUGUGGCUCCAGCUGUGCCUGUGGCUUCCCAGCGUGGGAUUACAGCAAACCUUUUACUUCCUGCUCUGGAUCUGCCUUUGGUUAUGUGUCCUGCAGGGACCAACACAUCUCAUCACUGCCACUGACUGUCCUUCAGGUGUGAAGCUGCUGCAGCUCAGCCCUUCCUUCAUGCCCAGACUGUGGUGCUCAGCAGCACAGCCCUCUGGCUUUUCCCCAGCUCCUUUCUGCUCAUUCCUUCUUCCUGCCCCUCUGUCCAGCACAGAAUCACAGAAUGCAUCAGGCUGGAAGGGACCCUCAAAGCUCCUCUUGUCCAGCAGACAGCAGGGACAUCUCCAACUGGAUCAGGUUGCUCAGGGCCCACUGAAAUUUAACCUUGAGUGUCUCCAAGGAUGGGGCCUCAACCACAUCCCUGGGCAGCCUGUUGCAGGAUUUCACCACUCCCACUGGAGAGAAUUUUCUCCUGGUGUCCAACCUAAAUCUCCCCUGCUCCAGUUUCAAACCAUUGCCUCUCAUCCUAUCCCCACAGCCCCUCCUGAACAGUCCCUCCCCAGCCUUCCUGGAGGUGCCCUUCAGAUAUUGAAAUGCAGCUUUAAGGUCUCCCUGGAGCUUUCUCUUCUCCAGGCUGAACAGCUCCAAGCCCCUCAGCCUCUCC